GGGAAAAAGAUUCCUUUUACAUUUGACAAAGCGUUCAAUCAUGAUGCUUUUCAGCAAGAUGUUUUCGUUCAAAUAUCACAGUUGAUACAAAGUGCCCUUGAUGGCUAUAAGGAGCGUGAAGAAAAAGCAAGUCGGACAAAAAUAUAUGGGCUUAACAGCCGAACCCAAUCAAGCCCAAAAGAGUGGGGCCGCAUUCCACAUCUGAUUUCAAAUGAAUUUGAAUUUGAAUUUUUCACUGGCGCUUCUCGUCUCAAACCAAACCCCAUACUCCCUCUUUCAUCCCCCAACCCUAACGUUCGAAACAUUUUGAAAAAAUAAGCUCCACCAGUUUGAAUAAUCUUUUGCUUCUUUUGCAUUAUCUACUGUGGAUUCCGUAAAUCAACUGCGCUGAUUGAAGUACCACUCAGAUUCUGAGUUUUUGAUCGAUUUGCUCAGUUAUGGCGUCUCGGAAUCAGAACAGACCUCCACGGAGUCCAACUGUUAAAAAAGAGGACGAAAUCUCGUUGGACAAGAGAAGGAAGAUAAGAGCCGAAAGAAUGGCUGCCACGAAUACUGGACGCACGCGACAAGCGUUUACAGUGGUUAAUAAGCAAGAUUCUUCAGCUGCAACUGAUAUGGGAAGCACUGAGGGUUCAGAGAGCGGGAAUGUAGAGUUCACAAAAGAAGAAGCUGAAGCCCUGUUGAAUGAGAAGCCCAAAGCUAAGAAGUUUGAUCUUAAGGCCAAAAUGGAGCAAAUGACUGAGCACAACAAAAGGCUCAGGCUUUGUGUCAGAUGGUUUUUGAAAGUUGAUGAAAAUCAUGUUGUGGAGAAGGAAAAUAUUCGAAAAGAACUUGAAUCUGCAGAAAAAAAAUAUUCUGUUACUGAAAUGGAGAUGAAAAAUAGGGAGGCUGAGUUCAAUGCAACUAUUUGGGAGUUGAGGAAAGAAAAUGCCUCUUUACAAGAGAGAGUUGCAAAAGAAGAAUUUGAAAAGCUAGAUGCAAUUGAAAAUCAUAGAAGGGAAAAUGAAACUAGGGUUGCUGCGGAAAAGUUACAAACUUCUCUCUCAGAGCAGCUUGAAAAGGCUCAGCAGGACAUUGCAGCUGCCAACCAGAGGGCUUCCUCCCUUGAUGAUAUGUACAAACGCUUGCAAGAGUACAACCAGAGUCUACAGCUUUACAAUGCUAAACUGCAAAAAGAUCUUGAAACGGCCAAUGAAUCACUCAAAAAAGUAGAGAAGGAUAAGUUGACCAUUGUGGAAAACCUAAGUGCUUUAAGGGGGCACUAUAAUUCAUUGCAAGAUCAACUGACUUUGUCCAGAACUGCUCAAGAUGAGGCUGUAAAUCAGAAAGAGUCAUUAGUUAAUGAAGUCAAGUGCCUUCGGGGAGAAUUACAACAAGUAAGAGAGGAUCGUGAUCGCCAAGCAGUGCAGGUGCAGACCUUAAAUGCUGAAAUAGUGAAGUAUCAAGAAAGUACUGGAAAAUCUUUAAAAGAGUUGGACUGCUUGACAACAAAGUCAAAAUCCCUAGAGGAAGCAUGUUCUUCACAAAGGGAACAGAUAGGAAUUUUGGAGCUGCAGCUAUCUGCUGCGAAUGAAAAAUUCAAGAGGGCUGAUUUGUCAGCUUUGGAAACACAAACGCAAUUUGAAGAUCAAAAGAGAACCAUACAUGAACUACAACAUAAUUUGGCAGAUGCUGAACAUCAACUUAUUGAAGCAGAGAUAUUAAGAAAAAAAUUGCAUAAUACAAUUCUGGAACUUAAAGGGAAUAUUCGGGUGUUCUGUCGAGUUCGUCCUUUACUGCCUGAGGAUGGUGUUGGAACAGAUGCCUCAGUCAUCUCUUAUCCUACAUCUGUGGAAGGUCUUGGCCGGGGCAUUGAUGUGAUACAAAGUGGGAAAAAGAUUCCUUUUACAUUUGACAAAGUGUUCAAUCAUGAUGCUUCUCAGAAAGAAGUUUUUGUUGAAAUAUCACAGUUGAUACAAAGUGCCCUUGAUGGCUAUAAGGUCUGCAUAUUUGCUUAUGGGCAAACAGGUUCAGGUAAAACAUAUACCAUGAUGGGUAGACCAGAAACUUCUGAACAAAAAGGAUUGAUUCCACGUUCACUGGAACAGAUAUUUCAAACUAGUCAGAUACUUUCAGCACAGGGUUGGAAAUAUAAAAUGCAGGCCUCAAUUUUGGAAAUCUACAAUGAGACUAUCCGAGAUCUAUUGGCAGUUAACAAAACCAACGGUUUAGAUUUGGCACGUGUUGAAAAUGGAGUUCCUGGAAAGCAAUACACAAUUCGGCAUGAUGCGAAUGGAAACACACAUGUCAGUGACCUCACCAUUGUUGAUGUUGGCAGUAUUUCAGAGAUUUCCUCACUUUUACGGCAGGCUGCACAAAGCAGGUCUGUGGGCAAGACACAAAUGAAUGAGUACUCAUCUAGAAGUCAUUUUGUAUUUACAUUAAGGAUUUCUGGGAUAAAUGAGACAACUGAACAACAAGUUCAGGGUGUCUUAAACCUCAUUGACCUUGCUGGAAGUGAGCGACUUUCAAGGAGUGGAGCUACAGAUGACCGUCUAAAGGAAACUCAGGCAAUAAAUAAAAGUUUAUCAUCUUUAAGUGAUGUUAUAUUUGCAUUGGCGAGGAAGGAAGAUCAUGUUCCAUUUAGGAACUCCAAGUUGACAUACCUUCUUCAGCCUUGUCUAGGUGGGGACUCAAAAACCUUAAUGUUUGUUAACAUCUCCCCUGAUCCUUCGUCAAUGGGUGAAUCGCUUUGUUCUCUGCGAUUUGCCGCUAGAGUGAACGCCUGCGAAAUUGGGGUUCCCAGGCGCCAAACGGCCUUGCGACCUGCUGCUGAUGCUCGCUUGAGUUGCGGUUGAAUGUAAUCUAUUUUGCUAGCUACAUUUGUAGUUUAAUUAACUGUUUUUUACAAAAGGAGGUUGAUGUUUGUGAUUAGAGUGUGCAAUGCAUUGGGUCGAUAUCAUUAAUUUCAACCAAUGUGUGGUAAAUUUGGUAGAGCUACCAUUAAAUGUUGUAUGAUAAAGUUCAUCUGGUGAUGAACCCAAUCUGAAAUUGAUUGUUGUUAAAUAUAUUAUUGAAUUGAUAUAGAUUAGAAAGUUGGGUGGUAAUGUUUAUUGCUUCAUUUUACAAUAUGUGGUUCUUUUAUGAAACUGUAGUGAAUUUUCAUGAUUGAUUUGGUUCGGAAAGGAACAUCUUAUUGGAAAGCAACUCAGAUUACGAUUCUGUGGGUGCCCAUAGUUUAUCAUGCUGGAAUACAUUUCCAGCGGCUGGAAUGAUCUAGAAUGUGUAAGCAGUUGCCUUGCAUGAUUGAAUGGGUCUUUUGGUAAAUUUAUCUUGGAUUAUAUGUAAAAUUCUUGGAUUAGUGUCUUUAUAGUAUUUUAUUUCCGUGAUGGCUAAAGCUGUUUAAUUUAUUAAUCCUUUGGAAUUCAAAUGAAAUGGAAGUUAAAUUCAUUAUUCCAAAAAGUCUAAAGCUAACAGACGAAUGUUAAAUAAGUUAGACAAAUGAAUUCCUUUAUAAAAGCGCUAGAAGUAUAAACAGGAUUGUGGAACCCAGGCAGAUAAGUAUAACAGGAUCUAUUACAUAUCCACUAGAUUUUCCUCCAAUCUAGACUUCUUCCACAAGGUAAACUUUGAAAGAAACUUGCUUUUCUUGUGUGUGUAUGUAUAUCUCGUUCCAGGACAGUCAAUACCCAUAAGGAAUUCAAUAAGAAAUAGAAGAAAGAUAUGGAAGGACAGGAUGAGCAACCCAAGUCUAGAGUUGUCAAAGUUGACUCAGUUGAGUCCUGGGAUUUGUAUGUUUCCCGAGCCAACAAUCAAGCCUGCCCUAUUGUUGUGCACUUUACUGCUUCAUGGUGCAUUCCUUCUGUGGCUAUGAAUUCCUUUUUCGAAGAAGCGGCGGCAGCUUAUCCAGACGUUCUGUUUCUCUGUGUUGAUGUCGAUGAUGUUAAGAUCUAAAAUAUCAACCCUCAGUACAAUUGGAAUACAGAAUAUUUGUUGUGUAUUGGGCUGUGGCAUCUAAAAUGGAGGUGAAGGCGAUGCCAACAUUUGUGCUGAUGAAGGAAGGUGCUGUGGUUGACAGGUUGGUGGGUGCAAAUCCAGAAGAGAUAAGGAAAAGGAUUGAUAGUUUUGUCCAGUCCAUUCGGGUAUAUGUAGCCUAGUUGGUGGUGGUGUCUUAUUGCCAUGGUGAAUUCUGUAAUAAACAACUCUUCUACUUUUUUGAUGCUUACAACUGUCAUCUAUAAUGUUUGAUUAUGAGUUGCUGUGUUUGAUAUUCUGAA